GCACUCUUUCUUGUGCAAUCACAAAGAAUCCUCACCAACAAUAAAUUAGAUAAGUAAAUCAAUAAACAAAGAUGGCCGCCCCUCGUCAGGUUCUUGCCUUUGCUCUCCUUUUCAUCGCCCUUGCUGGGUCCGCCUCCGCCGCCGCCACCUCCCCAAGCAGCGCCCCCGCGUCCUCACCGCCAACUGCCGCACCCAAGAAAGCAGACACCGCGGCGCCGGCUAACAAUGUAGCCACCCCAUCGGAAUCUCCUUCACUAACGCCCCCGCCGACGAAGGCAGACUCACCAUCGUCAGCUGAGAUCGCCCCCGAAACACCCGCUGGGUCGCCGGAGGAGGAUCCUUCAUCACCACCAACCCCUGACAGCGCGGCGCCUGCAGCUGAAGGCCCGUCCGAUGCUCCUGACGCAAGCACCCCGGCGGAGGCACCCGGCGCAGAUGACGACAACAGCGGUGCCGCCGUUGCUUCGAAGGUCUCCGCUGUUGUAGGACUCGCUGGCAUCGCCGCAUUCCUCUUUUGAAUUGAUCGAUAAGAAUAUGUUGAUACAUGUAUAUACAUAUAUGAUCGAUCGACGGGAUAUAUAAUUCAUGUUUGAUGUUCAUUCGUUUGUUUUCUUCCUGAUGUACGCAUGCAGUGGAAGGUUGAAAGAAUGAACCCAAUUUAUAUUUUAUCUUUUAACGACGUUUAGUUUUGAAUAACUUUGAUCCUUCACAAACGUUCAGUUCUCUUUGUACUCCCUCGGUUCACAUUAAUCUUUACACUUUUAUUUCACAAAUAUUAAGAAAAUAAAGUCGAUUUUAUUGUACAUUA